AUGUUCCAGCCAAACAACGCAUCUAUACCUGCCGUAGUCUAUUCUCGGUCCUUCGGUAUCUCGAGUGGCAUUCGGCUGCCAAACAUUGCGCAGCGUUACCUGUCCAGUGUAGUGACCGAUGCCGACGAGGCCGGCCAGCUUGCGCGUUCCGGACGCAUCCGUCACGCUUCCACGAAGGAUCCCCUUUCCCUCGGAAAGCGGCGCAGCGAGAUGCAGAGACAGGCAUGGAUCUCCCACAAGAGCAGGUUGCUACUCUGGGGGGAAGAGCGGCAUGUUAUCCGCAUUGUGCACCAUCGGAUUCGCCCUCUCGACACAUCUUAUGCGCUUCCACGCCCGGCAGGGUGCAGGCUUUGUCCUACGUCCAGGAAUCGGGAAACGAAGAAGAAAUCGCGUUGCAGAUCCCGCGUGCCGGCUGAUCUCAAGCCCGCCACGAAUCGAAUGUUUGUCCGCCUCGUCGGCGUGUUACUCGAGCAGGCAGAGACGUCCCUAUGUAUAUAUAUGCCAUUCAGACAGAACCCGCGCAUGAGUCUCCUCUCACCCUUUCCCCUCCAAGGACCCCUCCCAGGGCUCAACGCCGGAGGAUCGGAGGGUAUUCCGCAGCGCCGCCACUCCCAAACUUCCUCUCUUUCCCGGCAGCAUCAUGCCGACAUGACCAACCACACUAUCAUCCCGUCGUCGUCAACCAAUGCCAAGAGGACAGCAGCUACAGCAGCCAUUGCGAUCACAGCCAUCAACACCAUAGCUGCUCCAGCUCGGCCCACCACUCCGGCUCCAGCCUUCACUCACCAUUCAAUCAUCGUCCGGUAUUAA